GAACAGGCUUAUAGAAAUCACCGUCGGUGUUUCACAUGGUACUGAAAAUGGAGUUAUAUAAAUUAAUGUGGACAAGUAUAUUUGUUAUUUUGUGUUGCAAUCAAUUACUAUUGUGGCAACGACGAAGACGAAGAGGAUAUUAUGGAAGAAGAAGGUGGUGGGUCCGUCCUAUUAAUCGACCGAGGAAUGAACAAAGUUACGAAACAAAUAUUCUUAGAGAAAUGGAGACACAAGAUCAUGAAGAAUUUUUCCAAAAUUUUCGUAUGUGGCCAGAACAUUUCGAUUGGCUCCUUAACCAAGUACAGGAUAAAUUACAAAAACGAAGUAGGAGAGCUGCAUUGGACCUGAAGCUGUGUUUGCAGGUGAUACUUUUAUACUUGGCGCAAGGAGAUUUUGUUAUUAGUAAACAUAUAGAAUUCCGCAUAGGAAAAUCGACAGCACAUGCCAUUAUUCCAGAAACCUGCAGAGCAAUUUGGGAUAUUUCAAAUAAGCUCUGGAAGAAGGAACAGCUAAUUUGCCACCACAUAUUCCACUCCCUGGUGCAUCUGAUCUGUUUCCUUACGUUUUUGUUGCGGAUGAAGCAUUCCCACUAUCAACAUAAUAAGGCCAUUUCCUAG